CGUCGCACGACCACUUCCUUUGACUGCUGACUGAGUUUGUUUUGAAAACAAUCUCUAGGUCGCGGGGACUCGCUAUAGUUAUAGUGGGCUUUUCUGCGACGGCCAGCAGGCCUCGCUCAGAGCUCGAAGGACUUUAUGUGCCGCAGCGGACACCAUGGGCUGCAACUCGAGCAAGGAUGCUGUUAUGCCCGUGCAGCCGAGCAACUUUGCAGAUCCGCUCAUGGUCAAGCCGUCGGCGCCCACGGAGGGCUUCAGGGACGCGAUGGGCCACGAGGCCAACGCCAUGCUCGCAAACGGCACCGGCGCUGCAAUGCGGAUGGCCGACCAUGCCAGGAUGCAGGCCAUGGAGGAGGUCGAAGAAGUCGUGGAUAUCGACUUGGACGACCCGGAAGUUCAAGGGGCCGCCACCAAAAUCCAGGCAGCGUUCAGGGGCCACAAGACUCGCAAGGAGACGAAGCAGCAGACCGCCGAGAGCAGCGCUCGUGACGCCGGCAACCCGCCAGCCGCUGCUCAACCGCCCCACUCGCAGCCCAGUGCGCCUCUGAGCCAAACGCACAACACACUGGCCGACGAUCAGCUCGCAGAGUUAGAAAAGGAAUUCAGUCCCGAGGAUCCAGAGUUGCAAGUCGCAGCCACACGCAUCCAGGCAAACUUCCGAGGACACAUGGCCCGCAAGCAGCAAGGAAAGUCAGAUGACGAGCUCAGCAAGGAGCUGGAGAAGCUCGACGCCAAGGACGCCGAGGAAGAGUUGGACAUUGACUUGACCGACCCUGACCUGCACAAGGCGGCGACCAAAAUCCAAGCCUCCUUCCGAGGCCACAAAGUCCGCAAGGAGGAGGGAAAGCCAGAGGGCGAUGAAAAGGAAGGCGGCGGCCAGUGAAUAGCAGAGGUCGCGCACCCUUUCAAGCAACUUGGUCAUAAUCAUUUACUCAACAAUGUCCCUUGUUAGCUGAGCUGCCCUCUCACCUUCUUGCCCGUCCGGCAGCCUGCCUGUCCCCGCACCGAUUGACGCCGGCGUUGUUCGACUUUCAAAUUUCUAAGCGUGUCUCUCUGACUUGCCAGUCGUCAGCAGACAUGUCUAAAAAUUUACAGCGAAGCUCGAUUUUUGCAUUAUAAAAAAAAUCGAAUCUGAUUAAAAAGUCAUCGGGUUGCGAUUCGAGCUUACGUCGAGCAAAUGGAGUGUCAAAUAAGCGGAUCAGGCAGGCUUUUGGCCGGAGCCACUUUGGUAUCUUGCUUUUAAUCGUGCGGAAAUGUGACCUUUCCAAGUCGCGCAGGGCGCCUGGUUUUUAUACUCAAAUUUCAGGCGCUGCGCAGCACUGCAAGUAAUAUGUAUAUUCAAAUAAACGAACCUCUUCUCUUUCUCUCUUGUAAUACGAGACAGCUUUUAAAACUUCUAUAUUAUUAUAAAUACAACAUUAAAAGUUACUGUUAAAUUAUGAAUAGCACUGAUUAUUACAACAUUCCUUUAAAACUGAGAAAGGGUAACAACUUGCAGUUGGAUCACACACGCAGUAAUUGAUAUUAUAUAGGGAGAAAAUUGUUUGAUUUCAAAGAAAUUAAUUAAUUACCUACGUGUUUAGAGAUUACUCUCUUAAAGAGUUGGGCAGUAACAUUAUUAAAAGAUGAGAUUGAAAUUUUGUCACAUUCAAACUUCUCGCAGCAAUAGAAUUUACUUGGAAAAAUAAGAUUUCUGUAUGUUGUUACAAUGUUACUAAAAAUAAAUGAAAAAAUGUGCUGUAGAAAUUAACAAUAAUUAAUUUCACAUUUAUUUCUGUAUCAAAUUCACCAUCUUAUUUGCUGUAAAGUUUUUCCAAGAAAUAAUUAUUAUUUUAUUUGACAAUACUGUACUAUGAACGUUAUUUUAUAUUUUCUUAUGGAUAAUUCUAAAUAUCUCCAACUGUACAAGCCUUUGUUAUUUACAGAUCACAAGUAAUAAAACUUUCUAAUCCAUCAAAAAAAAAUUUGUUUGAAGAAGUUGACACUUGGGUUAAUGAAGGAAGUGAAGUACUCGGCGGGCUAUUUCCUUGUUGUAAAAAUUGUUUUAUUCAAAAACAGCAAAAUACAGUUUUGGUCAGUUUCGCAGUUUUUAUGGUUAUACUCCAAAUUUAAGAAAAUUAUAUUAAUUACAAUAAUCAAAAUAAAAAGUAGCAAGAGCGGUAUUUCUCAAAGAUGCCAGAAUGCAUCAUAAAAAAACACACACAAAUAAAUAUUGAUU